CAAGCACCUAUUCGCUCGCAUUCGCGCACAACCAGCCCACGCAAGCUCUCCUAGUGUAGUUUAGAGCAGGUCAACAUACACCAGCUGCAGCCACAACCGCUUCGUCACGUUCACCCUCGGUUCCUCGAUACCAUUUCGCGGCCAGCCUGGGGUAGAGAGCCGUCUUGUGUUCAUCGGGAGAAAAAUGUCGCGGAAAAAUGUCGCUCGCACGGCGACGGCCCUCCUGCUGGGACUGGCGGUGGCUUCCGUUCGAGUCGAAGGCCAGUAUGGCGACAUGGACUUCGAAGGCAUGAUGGACGGCUAUGAUGACUACUUCGGGGACAUGAUGGGCAUGGGCGACAUGAUGCCGGGGAUGGGAGGGAUGUUUGGGGGCAUGGGGGGCGGGAUGGGUUACGGGGGAUACGGGUACGGAGACCCGGAGCCCUCGCACACGGAUCUCGCCGACAUGGCUGAAGUGGAGAAGUUCAUCACCGCCGACCCGCUAACGCCGUGUGUGAUCGGGUUCUUCGACGAAGACACGGACGGCGCUGACGUCAUGAACUACAGGACUGCAGCGCAGAGAAUGUCGCAGACUGGAGUCCGGUUCGGUCUCGCGACGGAGGAGGAUAUCCUGGAGGGGCUCAAGUACAAGUCCGGCCGCGUGAUGGCCUACCCCGCGAAGCGCUUCCUGGAGGACGGCGGCCGGCCAAAGCAGCGGUACCCGGGCAGCGGCGCUCUCGACCCAGAGUCGCUUCAAAUUUGGGUGGUCAAGGUCGUGACUCCCCUGGUUGGCCUCUUCACCUGGGAAAAUGGUGGGCUGUACCAGGAGAUCGGCUUGCCGGAGCUGACGGCGUACACAAAGGUUGACUUGGAAGAGGACGGCGAGCACUUCGACGCUGUCGCGGCAACACUCCGCAAGGUGGCAUCGGCGAGGCUCCCGGAGAAGAGGCUGUCGUACGUCGUCGCCAACAAGGAGGACGUGGUCUCUCUGGCCUCAAGGUUUCAGUUCCCUGAACCCGAGGGCGAGGAGGCUCCUGAGGCCGUUACCGUCGGCAUCCGCUCGGAGAACAAGUUCUACCGCAUGGACGGGAAGUUCGACGAGAAGACGGUGGCCGAGUUCGUCGAUGCGUACCUCAACGGAUCGCUCAAGCCGACGCACGUAGAAGCGAUGGACGAGGGCAUGGGGUCUUCCGGGGCCGGCGAUGAAAUAGACGACGAAGAUAGCGACGUCGUGGCGUUGACGUCGGACAACUUCGACGAGGUAGUGAAGGCAGAAGGGACAGAUGUGAUGCUAGAGUUCUACGCCCCGUGGUGCGGGCACUGCAAGUCGCUCAAGCCUGUGUACAACGAGGUAGCGAACGAGGUGUCAGACAUGCCGUCGGUAGUGGUGGCCAAGAUGGACGCCGACGCUCACACACCCCCCGCGGAGUUCGAGGUCCAGUCUUUCCCGACCCUGUUGUUCUUGAAGGCUGGAGACAAGGCCAACCCCAUCCCGUACGACGGCCCGAGGGACAAGGAGGCCAUGGUGGCCUUCAUCCGAGAAAACGCCACACCCCCCGCCGCGGCCGCUGGAUCGACCGAGUUGUGACUCGAUUCGUAGCGUGUGGUUAACAAACGACAGUAGUGUUCUUCUGUGGCGAUUAUAAGAGGGGUGGUUGACGAGCGACAGCGUUCUGGGGGAGGAAAGGAUACCCUCCAGUGUCCUGCUGCGCUAUGGCGACUGACGUCUUCAAUUCAGCCUCUCCGAAAGGGCCAUUACACUUGGCCUCAGGUCGUUUCACCGGUCAUGCGUAAGGCCUUGUUGACGUGGGAUGGUAGGGGGCACGGGUGGUACGGGCCGUCGAGUGUUGAGGUGUGUCCUACUAAUGCAGUGAGCUUGUGCGGUUUGUGGGCGGUUUUUCUUUCGAUCGGGGGAGUAAAAUGACUCACACCUCUCCUGGGAUGCUUGCGGUGCGUUACCCGUGCGAGAGUCGUGAGCGAAUAGCGCUUUCGUGCCUACCCGAUAGCAACAAGCUUAAGUUUGACGUGAUGUAUAGUGCUUCUCAGUUGUGUUUAUGUCCAUGAAAUGUAUCUGGAAGGCUUUUUCGGGGGGUUGUUCCAACCACCUUUUGACCUCGUGUAACCGUAUGCCAACGUAAGCUGGAAGCAAUUCGAUGUAACGCGGUCGCCACCGAAGACAUCCCUCCCCUUUCCAUGAACAUGGAUAGUCCUGGUGUCCUGCUGUCAUGUCAGAGUGUGAAGCACUGUUUCCCAUCGUUCUCAACCUUUCGUACAUGCACCUUUGCCAACGCGUUUUGCAUGGAGAUCCCUCCCGCAUGGCAUUCCACCACCUGACGUUUACUUCUUGUAAACUUGUGCCAUUGUUUCCUGUCGGCGCCAGCUCACUUACAUGCUUGCCGAUUCUGCGUGAAGAAUGGACCAAGAUGGGUCCAGAGCGCAUGAUACUCUUCCGACGCAGCACUUGACGACUUGUGCAUCUUUUCUAAAGGUGUGAACCCUCUCCAACAAGGCAUACGUCCACCUUCAUCAACCACUGACGCGUGGCUUUGCCGAACCGAUCGUCCCUUGACCAUCUGCAUCAUUUCUUGCGUCAUCUGCAGGCCUUGCUAUCCAGCGAUGGUCUGUUGGAUCAUCAAAGGUGUCACCGUUGUGUUUCUCGUCUUUUGUAAUCGAUCAACCGAAGCCAGAGUUCCGUCAUCUCUGCUUCAGCACCGUGUCCUGCGAGCCCCCUCUCAUUCUGCUCUGCAUGUGCCACCGGUGACGUCGCACCCACCGCUGUAGUGGCCUUCUGUUGAACUCCAAGAACUCGUCCUGGUGGCCGAUGCAAGGGUCUUGGCGGCGAGGCUGUCGCCAAUGUCCUCGGCAGUGACAGCAACGGCCGCGUUCCCUACCUCGGCCCCUUCCCCAUCAAG